CCGAAGUCAACAUAUAGUAGACACGCGCGCACGCGGUCAGACGCAACGAGAAUCGGUCGGAUAGUGCAGUCAGCUGGGGUGUCACUUCCGUUGACAAGACAAAUCAUUGUCAGUGCUGGCUUGUCAUCCGUGACAACUAUGCAGCCGAGGAAAAUUCGUUGGAUUAUUCAAGUACCGGAUGAGCCGCAACAUGUCGAAACUGUCGAAGAGCAAAUCUCAAAUACGAAAGAUGAGCGAGAAGACGUGCAAAAGAAGACGUUUGCCAAAUGGAUAAACUCACAGCUUCUUAAGAAUCAUCACGAUCCGAUCAGCGAUUUGUUCAUCGACUUGCGAGAUGGAAAUCGCUUACUGUCCCUCCUGGAAGUGCUCACUUCUAAAACUUAUAAAAGGGAACGCGGUCGGAUGCGAGUGCAUCAUCUCAAUAAUGUUAACAAGGCAUUGCAAAUUCUUGAACAAAAUAAUGUGAAACUUGUCAAUAUCAGUAGCAAUGACAUUGUUGACGGUAAUCCCAAAUUGACACUUGGUUUAGUAUGGAGUGUUAUUCUUCAUUGGCAAGUACACUAUCAUUUGAAAGAUUUGAUGACAGAAUUACAACAAACAAAUUUAGAAAAGACACUUCUUGCUUGGUGUCGUCAAAAUUCACAGAAUUACCCUGGUGUUGACAUUAAAAAUUUCACAACAUCCUGGUCAGAUGGAUUAGCGUUUAAUUCGAUUUUACAUAGAUGGAAACCUCACUUGUUUGACUUUAAUAAUAUUGCGCGCAAACAUCCGAAUGCCAGAUUGGAUCAUGCUUUUCGAUUCGCACAGGAACAUCUUGGCAUUGAACGUCUUUUGGAUCCCGAAGAUGUCAAUACUUCAGUACCGGAUAAGAAAUCUAUAAUGAUGUAUGUUAUGUGUCUUUUCCAAUCGUUACCACAUUCCGGAGAUGAUAUUGGUGAGCUAGAUCUUUCAAUUGCAAGCGACAGUACUCCGGUUAGCCCAGUUACAACUCCAGGAACUGAAAAUACUUUGUCGUUCAGUAAUUUUGGAAUGCCAGCUUCGCGACCAAUGAGUUUAGCUACUAAUGUUUCCGUCGAGCUUGGCGGUUAUCAGGUUGCGCUUGAAGAUGUUUUAACGUGGCUUUUGGAGGCCGAGGAUAAAUUGAAUCAUGCCCCCGAGCCAGGCUCGACUCUAGACAUAUUGAAACAACAAUUCCAUGAGCAUGAAACCUUCUUGAUGGAACUAUCCGGUCAUCAAGAUGGAGUGGGGGCUGUUCUAGAAGAAGGUGCGAGAUUGUUAGCUGAAGGCGGAUUGCAUAAAGAUGAAGAGCAUGAGGUACGCGUGCAAAUGUCUUUACUGAAUUCUCGAUGGGAAGGACUACGAAUGCGCGCCAUGGAAAGACAAACCAGAAUUCACGAGGUCUUAAUGCAAAUGCAACAGGCUCAGUUAGAUAUUCUGCGACAGUGGUUAACGAAAACGGAAGACCGAAUUUCUCUCAUGGCAGCAAUUGAAUUAAAUCCGUCAACCUUCGAAGAGCAAAUGAAACAUCUCAACGAAUUGGAACAAGAUAUUCAGGCACAACAAGAUAUAGUCGAUGGUAUGAGAAACAUGGUAGUGGUCGUGGACGAAGAAAAUUCCGAAGCAGUUUAUGCACAAAUGGAAGAUCAAUUAUCCGCUCUCGGUGAACGUUGGAGUCACAUCUGCCAGUGGAAAGAAGAGCGACGCCAACGAUUGGAAUCCCUGUCUACGCUUUGGCAAAGUAUUAUUGACGAUUACAAGAGAUUAGUAGCCUGGUUGAACGAAACGGAAAUUACAUUGAAGCAAAUGGAAGCCAAUCCGGCAUCUGAAUUUGGCGAAGUACUAGACAGAGUAAAGAAACUGCAGAUUCUUAAAGCGGAAAUGGAUUUAAAUCAGAAGAAAUUAACUUCUUUACAAGAAUCAACUCAGGAUUUAGAUGGCAAUAGCGCGUCUUCGGAAUACGCGAAUAUUUUAGAGAAGAUCGAGAACUUGCAAGAUCGAUGGGAAGCUGUUGGACAAAUCAUGGAAGUUCAAACUCAAAGGAUAACAAAUUCUGGAUUUGAAUUUGACUUAAAGUCCGAGGAGAACACGAAAACUAUUAAAGGAAAUGAAUGGAUGUCCGAAACAGUAACAAGCAUAGCAUAUAAGGAAGAAAUUACUGCAACAUCAACACCGCAUAGCGAUUCAAAGAAACGACGUGUCGAUAGUAUCAUCAAGCAUGAAUUUGAAUCAGCAUUACUACAUUUGUAUAAAUGGCUAGAUUAUAUCGAUUUAGAAAUUGGUCGUUCGGAGGGAGUAUUUGACGAAUUAAGUGUGGAAGAGAAAAAAGUUGUUUACGAAGAUACUCUUGUAGACGUAGAGUCGCAUAAAAGUGAAUAUGACAAAGUUUUCGAAAUUGGCAAACAACUUAUCGAUGAGUUACAAAAUGCGAAUGAAUCUGCCGAAGAAGAAGAAUCCAAAAUUAAGGAUAUACAAAAUUGUUGGAUGGCGACAAAUAAUCGUCUCCAGGAAAUAAAGAAGCGAAUAGAUUAUUUGGAAGAAAUAAAGAAAUUCCGGACUGAACUAGCUAGUCUAAAUCUGAUGCUGGAAAGUUACACUAAGUGGUUUGAUGCAAAUAAGGGAAACAACCAAAUAGAACCAUUCAGGGUUAAAAUUAAAUCAAUGAAGUCUCAUGACGACCGCAUAAGAAAGAUGCUUGAUAAAGCUAAGGAAUUGACAGAAAACCAAGUUGCAGUUACAGAAAGCAGUAACGAGGAUACAGAUGUAAAAGCGUUCUCUGCUAAUUGGGACAAGUUGUAUACAAUGUUGUCGGAGCGAUUGGCUGAAAUAAGUAAUGCUAUUGAUAGAACACCACCUAAAAAAUAUAUCGAAGCAGUCGCUAAUCUGACAUCGUUUAUUAAUAACGUGGAAGGUGUUCUAUUAUCAGAGCAUGUAAUUAUGUCUGACGAAAAAACUAUAGAAGAGCAAAUAAGAAGAUUUCAAGAUAUACAAAGUUCGUUAAAGGAACAGGAAGAAACUUUCAAAUAUGUUAACUCUACUGGACAAGAUCUAAUAGAAAAAAUAAAUGAUGAUUCUUCAGCACAACGACUUAAAGACGAACUACAAGAUUUGAAUACCAAAUGGUGUGAUAUUCCUGUUAUCUUGGAAGAGAAACAACAGAUUCUUGCUAAAGAUAUCGCAAUUUUGCAAGCGUUUAAUACCGAGCUUUCUACACUUGAGUCUUGGUUAAAAAAAUCGUCGUUGUUCCUAGAAGAUUUAUUUAAAGACGAUAUUAUGGAUAACAUUGAAGAAACGGAACAAAAAUUAGAACAAAUUCGUACAUUUUAUCAGGAUAUAGAUAAAAUAAAACCGCAGAUAGAAGCAUUUCAGAUGUCGGCAAAUGGUAUUCUCGAAAAAUCUGAACCCAACUUUGCAAGUCUAUUAAACAGCAAAUUAGAGGUUGUAACAUAUAAAUGGACAGCUAUUGUUGAUGAGGCUAAAAAUUUAAGCGAUAAAUAUGAGGGCACUUUAAAGAAAAAUGAUGAUAUUACAAAUGGUAUAGAAGAUUUUACAAAGUGGUUAUCGAGUUUAGAGAAGGAAAUACCAAUAGAAUCAAGAAUAACAUCUUCAGUAGAACUUUUCCAAGUUCGCGGUCGAUAUCAAGCGCUAAAAGACAAAGUUGACAAACGAGUGGAAGAGUUUAGAAAUCUCAACGAAAUGGGAAAUGAUAAAUUGUUGAGUUCAGAAGGAUCAUCUGUGCAAGAGCUUGGUAGACGCUUUACUUUCUUGAAUGCACGAUGGACCGACGUUACAGAUCGUAUAUAUGAACGCUACAGGCACUUACAAAAUGCUAGUCAUGAAUACGGAGAAUUUCGUGCUUUGGUUGCACAGGAAAGCGAUUGGUUAGAUAAGUUGGAUAAGCGAUUAAAAAAAUCACCUAAAGCUGCUGCAGAUGCGGAAGAAAUUUCAGAAGAGCUUGAUGAUUUAGAAAACUACAUACGGAAUCAUCCAGAAUCUAGACUUGAGAAAAUUCAAGAAAUUGGUAAACAACUUAUUGAUAGCAAUAUUAUGACUCAUUCCAUUGAAAAAGAUGUGGAAGGAUUGACAAAUCGGUGGGAAAACUUAAACAAACAGGCAGGGCAACGGGCCAAGCUGUUGGAAGGAUCAGUGAAGCAAGCUCAGCAAUCGGAAGGGCGCAUUCUUGCCCUUCAAUAUUCGUUAACACAAAUAGACUCUGUACUAACUGCACGUCUUGAUUGCGACCUCACUGCUGAUGAUUUACCUCAUGAUUACCAGAAAUUAAUGGAAGAGUUGGAACAACAACAUGCUACGCUUGAGGAAAUGGCAUCGCAAAUUGAGUCGUACAAAGCUUCUGGCAAACAGGAAGCAGCACUGCGACUGCAAGAACAAAUGUCCCUGAUUGAACAGAAAUAUGCUAAAGUUCAAAGGAAGUUUCAACGCUUUCGUUGUUCGACCAAUAUAGAACCUAGAUUAUCGAGAGCUUUACGAGAACUCAGCGGAAUAGAGGAAGCAACUUGUUUGCUGGAGUUGUCAUCAGAAGAUCCCGAAGCCAUCGAGGGUCAAUUAAAACAUUGCUUGCGCUUUUACCAGACUUUAAGUGAGAUUAAAAGUGAAAUUGAAUGUAUAAUCGUAACUGGGAGAAAAUUAGUUGAGGAUAAAGCCGUUUCCGAGCCGGACAAAUUUUCAAAGCGGAUUGAUAUGUUGAAGGAGUUAUAUAAUAAGCUUGGUCUUCAUAUAACAGAAUCCAAAUCCAUACUAGAAUCGGCAUUAGAUUUGUCACGUGAUAUGCAUAAAAAUCUAACAUAUAUUAAUAUGUCGGUUGAAAGCAUAAAUAAAGAACUAGAUACGCAAAAAAGUAUGCCUGAUCUGCCAGUAAAUGCGAUAUAUGUACGAGAAACCCUGACCGAAGUAAUCCCACGUCUCAAUGUUAUAAGAGAUAAAUUAUUUAGAUCGCAAGAUGAAUUUUCAAAACUGUGCGAUCCUAUGUAUCUUGAGCAACUGAAGGAAAAAAUGUCGGAUGUAAUUUCGAGAUUAAUUAAUACAGAAAAAAGAUUGCGACUUUGUAAAGGUUCAGAGGAUGAACCUAAUGUCGACGAAAUAAACGCAUGGCUUCUACAAGUUGAAGAGAAGUUAAAUAAAUUAGAUGCAGUUCCAAUUGAUCAACUAACAGAACACCAUUUUGAACAGUGCAAGGCUGUGCAAAGUGAAAUGAUAGAAGCAAAACCUAAAGUUAAUCAGCUUCAACGUUAUACGUUUUAUCCCAAAGUAGCUGAAAUAUGUGAAAAAUGGGAAGACAUCUCUAACAGAAUACAGGAAUGGAUCCACAAAAUCACAGAUAAUUUGUUAAUAAAAAGUAAAACAGAAGCUUCUAAGGGGAGAGACAAUUAUGGACGCAACAAGUUAUCUAGGCAGCUGGAACAAACUUCAGCACAUCCUAACAAAAAAGAAAAGAAAUUAAUAGAUGAAAAUGAAGCGAUUUACGGCAUAGGAUAUCUUAAUCCUGCCUUUGAUGAUAAUCAAUGUACUGUCAUUAACACUCCUGAAAGCUCGCCGAUCGAUGUGCCUCACCGAAGCAGAAAGUCUGCUAAGUCGGAAAAAGUAAAAGUUAGAAUUGUGGAUGUUAGUAGAACUGUUAGGCGAAAGUUAGACAUGAGUUCUGUGCCCGAUGUUGUUCAAACUUCUCAACCACAAGUGGUUCCAAUUGACGAUGAUUUGCCUUCACCAUGUUCCGAUACAGAUGUGCAUAUGGCCGAUGAGGAAGAAUUCUUUCUGGCUAAGAACAGUAAAUUAUUCUCUCAAGUAUCUAGUAAUACUUUGACAGCAACAGAAACGUUCAAUACAGCUUGUGCGCAACAAAAUCCGUUCCGAGUUGUCGAAGUGAAAGAAAUGGAAAUUGUAAAAUCGGUAGCCUCUCCCGAAAAUCAUGUCAUUUUACCAAGCGCUAAUGUCACUGUUGGAUUGGUGCCGCAAGUAGUCGAAAGGGUAGAAAUUGUUGAAGAUACUGAAACAGAAGCUGAGUCUAUAGAUACUGAUACAGAAGACAAGGAAGGCAAAGGAAAAAUGUCUCCUUCCAUUGGCACUGCAGAACAGAUUGUCAAUAAGAGAAAAGAACUUGUACCAAUCUUAAAGAAGACUCCAGUAGAAUCUUCUACAAAAAAUGUUAAAAAAUUCAUAUUGAAAUUAGAUUUAGACAAUGAUCAGGAAAAUAUUAACGAUACAAAGAAAAGUCCAACACUUUCCAGCAGUGGGCCAUUAAAAAAGACAGAAGUUACAGAAUUUUCGAAUGCUGAAUGUAGUAAGAUAGAUGAAAAACAAGAUAAAUUAAACAAAUCAUCAAGAACAGCUGCCUCGUGGAAGGAUACAGAGAGUGUGGCAGAGUAUCUUAUAUUAGAUGAUAGGGAAGAAAUUGAAAAAUCUGAUGUGAAAACUAGUGAUCAUGUAGAUCGCGCUAAAUCACAAAGUUCAGGAACAACGCCAAAAAAUAGAAAGAAUCAGAAGGAAAUAAUAUCUGAAAAAAACAUUGAACGUUCUAAAACUUGUGAAAAUAUUGCUAAUACAAGUCGUAGCGAAGAAGAAAAGUCACAUAAGAAGUCGAAAUACAUGAGGAAUCUAUCAAAAGACGAUACACUGGAAGAUUGUGAAAGCUUUUAUGGCAGUGAUAAGGAAACAGAUGAUGUGUUGAUAUUUUCGGAUGAUACAGAAAUUGAUGUUGGUAGUUCCAGUUCAGAUGGAGAAGAUAUUAAUUUAGGAGAACAAGUUGAGCACCUCUUGGACAAGAUACAAGUCGAAAAAUCCCGGCCAUUUGCGCAGCAGAAGACAGAAACCAAAGCUUUUGGUGAGAAAGCGCUAUAUAAAGGUUCGAUAGGUACAUCUCGAACAGUGUUAGAGAAAAAUAUUUUGGAAUUUGAGCAAUUAGCACAAAUGAUGUUGUGCAGAAUGGAUGUUAUGUUAAUGAGUAUUAGUGGUAUCUCUAAUGAGAAAGAUCCUACCAAGCGACUUGAGAUACUCAAAAGUGAGAUUAGUACUCUUGCUCCAGAUGCAGCAGCUUUAAUAAGCAAAGGAGAUGGUUUAGUUAUGACGAUACACAUGACUGACCCUGCACGGGCAGAAAAAAUGAAAAAUGAACAUCAGGAUAAAUUGAGAAGCAAGUGGCAUCAAGUUAUGACAGAGAUCGAAACGCGCAGGAAACAGGCACAGAAAGCAGAAGAAACUUUGCAACAGUACAAUAAUAUAAUCGCAGAAUUCGAAGACUGGUUUAGAGAUGUACCACUGAAGCUUGAACAGGCUAAUAAUUAUGAGGGUCAAUUAGAAUCAUUUACUGAAGAAUUUGAUGCAAAACAAGUGCAAAUACAUAAAUUGAAUGAGCUAGCUGUAGAAUUGAGAAAAUUAAAUGUUGGUUAUUCAGAAUCUGUACGUUACAAUAUUAAUAGUAACUGGCAAAAAGUUAGCUCACAGUUUAAGAGAUUCAGUGGUAGCAAAGACAAAGACAAACACGUAACCGACAAGAAAGUGGAAUUGGAUAUUGGUGGUGUUAAUCCGCAAGAAUUUAUUACACGCAUUAGCAAGUUGAGAGAAGCAACAUCGACUGUAUUGCGAUCCUUGAAUUCUAUACCAUUGAAUGGUAAAGAUUACGAGCUGUUUACAAAUCAAGAAGAAUGUUUAAAGAAAAUUAGCAAUGCUUUGAAUAUUUUGAGACCAAGCGUUGACGAAGUAUAUUACGUUUGUGAGAAUGUCACGCGGCAAGCUAAAAAAGAGCAAGCCGAUCAGAUAAAAUAUUUAAGCGGAAAGUUGUUAGACGAAUGGACAAACGUGAAUCAGAAUUAUGUGGAAAGACAUAAUCGUUGGAUUAAAUGUUACGAAAAGUGGAGAGAACUUCAUAACACAUGUCGAACAUUUUUGGAAUGGUUAACUAAAAUGGAAGAAGCUCUAACAAAGUGCAAUGUCUUUAGCCACUCUAAAGCGAAUAAGACAAAAACUUUCGAAUUAGAACAAGAAGUCUCUAGAAUGCAGAGAACAUUAAAUAAUAUUAAUGCAGCGAGUGCAGACAUAUCUAACAAGGCUACGACUGAAGAUGUAGAGGAAUUGCAAAAUAUGAUUGAUAACAUCAAGCACCGCUGGCAAAAUUUAGUAGCCGAAAUAAAUGCGCGAAAAGAAAAGAACUUUGCUAUGGAGAAAAAAGUGAACAAUGACGGUAGGAUUUUGGAAACGGCAUACAACAUUGUAGAACAAGUGAAUACUUUGUUAAUAUCUGCUGCAAAUCCUUCUGACGAAACCUCAUUAUUUAUCCGAUUAUCGUUGAUUAAGGCGAGAGAAGAAGAACUGUUAUCGUGGAAAAAGGCUUUGCAAAACUUAGUAAAUCAACAUAACGUUUCUAGAGAAGAAGACGAGAAUAACAAGCUUCUCGCAGAUAUGGAUAAGGCUAACGUGAAUCUUUCAAACCACCGCGAAUAUGUGGAAUGUAAACUUGCGUCACUCAGAAAAUAUAUCUGUACUUUGGAUGCUGUUAUGGCAUGGGUUAUGGAAACGCGAACGCGAUUGAGCAUUUCUCAAGAAUUACCGCAGCACGAGCGUAAUGAAAUGAUUAAAAAUAUUAUGUCUAAAGUUGAAGAUCGUGAGAUGGAAGUAAAAGACGUUUUAGAAAAUUAUACUAAUUUGGAAAAAGAAUGUGAAUCAGCAAAACAACCAGUUUCUGUCGAAUUACAAGAGAAACUCAGGAAACUGAGAGAGGAUUGGCAAUUUGUAAAAUGUUAUGGUGAAAAUCAAGAAGUUCUAUCCACUAUUGCUGUUGGAGCCACAUCGAAAGGUCAACUUAUGGAGUCCGCUACUGCGUAUUAUGCCGAAGUGGAAAGGAGUGUAAGCACCGCAGCACCGGGGGCGGCGGGUGCAGCUGCAGGGGGCUCUCGGGGGCUGUCACCCUCUCCCGCCCCCUCGUCACCGUCGACCCCCGUAGCGACUAGCAGCCCCUCUACUUCCUCGGUUUCGUCUUCACCUUCACCCUCUACUUCAGCUUCCGCCCUCGUCGCGGGACUCGAUAAAUCAGUGCUUCAGAUACGUGAUUGGCUCACUGUCGAAGAAGAAAUGUUACGACAACAAUCCGUGGUCGUCGGCGAUGUCGACGAAAUCAUGCAUCUUCUUGAUAAACAAAAGAACGUCUUACGGGAGCUGGAGCAAAAGAAACCGCAAUUGGACGAAUUGGUUCACACUGCUGAGAACUUGCGCGCUGACACGAAUCGACAGCAGCUGCAUGGCAAAGUUACUAAGCUAAGAGAGCACUGGGACGAGACGAAUUCAAAAGUCAUGCAAAGGAAGACGCAGCUGGAUAUGAUGCUGGGAGACAGUCAGCGAUACGAGGCGAAGAGAAAUGAGGUGGAGGUCUGGUUGGCGCGAAUGGAAACUCGACUCGAGAGAAUGCGAGCUGUUGGGCACACCGCCGACGUACUCGAAGCACAGCUCAGGGAACAAAAGUCGUUCCACGCUGAGCUGCAUCAGUACAAGCACCACAUCGAACUUUUUAAUCAGCUUACUCAGAAGCUGAUAGCGGUUUAUCAGCAGGACGAUACUACACGUGUCAAGAAAAUGACGGAGACGAUCAAUCAGCGAUAUAACAAUUUGAACACGAGCAUCAUCAAUCGGGGGAAACUAUUGCACUCCGCGAUGAACUCGCUCCACAACUUCGACCGGUCUCUAGACAAGUUCUUGGCCUGGCUGAGCGAAGCGGAGUCCUCGAUGGAGGGAUUGGAAGCGGAAGCCGAUCGACUGGGCGGGCGACGGGACCAAGGCGCGCUCAGACGACCGCAACAUCAGCUUAAGGAUCUCCAGUCGGAAAUUGAAACGCACCGAGACGUUUAUGCAUCUUUAAACGGCACCGGACGAAAAUUAUUGAGCUCACUGGCCAGUCAAGAUGAUGCUGUUAUGCUACAACGUCGAUUGGAUGAAAUGAACCAAAGAUGGCAUCAUUUGAAGGCAAAAAGCAUGGCAAUCAGAAACCGAUUGGAGAGCAAUACGGAACAUUGGAACGCUUUGCUGCUAUCGUUGCGCGAACUCAUCGAAUGGGUGAUAAGGAAAGAUACAGAGCUCACCGGCUUGGGACCCGUUUGCGGCGAUGUGGCUGCACUGCAAAAACAACAGGACGACCAUCGUGGCUUCAGGAGGCAGCUGGAGGACAAACGGCCGGUCGUGGAGAACAAUUUGCUGAGCGGCCGCCAGUACAUCGCCAAUGAGCCUCCGCUGUCGGACACUUCAGACUCCGAAGCAGGCAGAGAAUUGGAUGGCGAUUCCAGAGGAUACAGAAGCGCCGAGGAGCAGGCGCGUGAAUUGACGCGAAGCAUUCGCCGCGAAGUGAAUAAACUUUCGGAGCAGUGGAACGCUUUAAUCGAACGUAGCGAUGCGUGGAAGCGGAAACUUGACGACACUGCUAACAAAAUAUGUGUCUUCCAAAAGUCUCUCGAGGAUCUCUCCUCGCGGAUGGCCGCGGCCGAGGCGAUCCAGAGCGGCUGGCAGAAUCCAAACGACGCCAACGAAGCGACGGAAAUGCUGGAGCAGUUGCAGAAAUUUGGCGAACGGCUAGUACCUAUCCAGAGGAACAUCGAGGACGCAAACGACCAGGCGAGCGUUCUCGCGUCGAGCAGCGUCAUCGUUUCUCACGCUUUACUGGCGAAACUCGAAGAUCUGAACACUAGGUGGAAGGUGCUGCAAGUCGCGGUUGACGAGCGUUACAAGUUGCUAAGCGGAUUCGGGAAGGAUGGCAGCACUCCGGGUAGUCAGGCUUUCCUCGCGAGCAGCGUAGAGCCACCAUGGGAGAGAGCCCUCACACCCGCCAAAGUGCCUUACUAUAUCAACCAUCAAUUGGAGACUACACACUGGGAUCAUCCGAAGAUGAUAGAACUAAUGUCUUCUCUUGCGGAUCUAAACGAAGUUCGCUUUUCCGCAUACCGAACCGCCAUGAAAUUGCGUACUGUUCAGAAGCGAUUGUGCCUGGACAUGUUGAGCCUUUCCACCGCGUUGGAACAGUUUGAUUCACACGGGCUCCGGGCACAGAAUGACAAACUGAUUGACAUCCCCGACAUGGUAACAGUACUGACAUCACUGUACGAAGUAAUCGCAGCAGACAACCCGGCGCAGGUGUCUGUGCCACUAUGUAUCGAUCUAGCUAUCAACUGGCUGCUCAAUGUAUACGACAGUCAACGAACCGGUCAGAUCCGAGUACUGUCAUUCAAAGUCGGUUUAGUUCUGCUCUGCAAGGGACACUUGGAGGAGAAGUAUAGAUAUUUGUUCCGUUUAAUCGCGGAUCCCAAUAGGCUGGUAGAUCAACGGAAACUGGGGCUUCUAUUGCAUGACUGCAUACAAGUGCCGAGACAAUUGGGCGAAGUCGCGGCAUUCGGUGGCUCGAAUAUCGAGCCCAGCGUUCGCAGUUGCUUCGAAAAGGCAGGAAAGGAUAAAAACGAGAUAGAGGCCGUGCACUUUUUGAGCUGGCUGCAACAAGAACCGCAGAGCAUGGUCUGGCUGCCUGUAUUACAUAGACUAUCCGCUGCAGAGACCGCCAAGCAUCAAGCUAAGUGCAACAUAUGCAAGGAGUAUCCUAUCAUAGGAUUCAGAUACCGUUGCUUGAAAUGCUUCAACUUCGACAUGUGUCAGAACUGCUUCUUCUCAGGACGUAAAGCAAAGAAUCACAAGUUAACGCACCCGAUGCAAGAAUAUUGCACAGCGACGACGUCCGGUGAAGACGUUCGCGACUUUACACGAGCGUUGCGCAACAAAUUUAAGUCUAAGCGAUACUUCAAAAAGCAUCCUAGAGUUGGCUAUUUGCCAGUGCAAACUGUCCUUGAGGGAGAUGCGCUGGAAAGUCCGGCGCCUUCGCCUCAACACAGCUCGCUCAGUCAAGACAUGCAUUCUCGUCUAGAAAUGUACGCCUCUCGACUUGCCGAAGUUGAAUUAUCACGUACAAGAAGUAACUCUACACCGGAUAGUGACGACGAGCAUCAGCUGAUAGCACAUUAUUGUCAGAGUUUAAACGGUGGCGACAAUGUUAACGUACCCAGAAGUCCGGUUCAAGUUAUGGCCGCGAUUGACGCCGAGCAGAGGGAGGAGCUCGAGGCGAUGAUACGAGAAUUGGAAGAGGAGAAUGCGACGUUGCAAGCGGAGUAUGAGAGAUUACGCUCGAAGCAAACUCCAGGCUCGACGCCGGAGGAUGGUCACAGCACUAGACAGCCCGAUUGCGACAUGAUUGCGGAAGCUAAACUGCUGAGGCAGCACAAAGGAAGAUUAGAAGCACGCAUGCAGCUACUCGAGGACCAUAAUCGCCAAUUGGAGGCACAGCUGCAGAGACUUAGGCAGCUUCUAGAUGAGCCAAACGCUUCUUCACCAUCGAAGACCGGAACUUUACAAACCCGAAGUGUGACAGCAUCACAAUUGGCGACCGAUUCUCCAGCAAAGAUGAAUGGCCAUUAUCAUGAGUCUCCAGAUAUGCUUAUUGCUAUUGGGCAUAUGGACUUAGGUGGUGGAGGUUCAAACGAAGGCAGAGUCAGCAGUUUAGAGAGGCCACCGCCGCCACCACAUUCUCACAGCGUUGCCCACAAUGUGGGCAAUUUGUUGCACAUGGCAGGUGACUUAGGAAAAGCUGUGGGCGAAUUGGUGACAGUUAUGACUGAGGACACAUCGAAGACGAACGGACAACGAGCGCCUCCACCGGCAUUCAAAUAACGAUUGCACCGCGCCGCUUGUCCCAACAACAAUGUCACUCUAAACGACGUUAGCACUCGACUUAGAUCGAUGCUAUCCACUUGAUAUCCACGUUGUAAACGUAAACGUUUAAUCAUUGACCAAUAACAAGUCUGGCUCUAAACGCAUAUCACACUGAGACAAGUACAUAGUAUAUCUGCCGCGCAAAUGCAGGGUCAGGGGACUCGUCUGACGGUGGUUUUGGGUAUUUUAUAAGUUUUGAUAUACGUCGUUGUAUAGCUGAAUUAUAUGAUAUCAAUAAGACGAUUAUGGUUUGGCUUUUGACGAUCCCCUGAGAGUAACUUUACAUACAUAUUGACACGUCAUAUCAUGAAACUAAUCGUAAUGAAAAAUCAAUUGUUAUGCUUGCUAGCUAAACUAUACAAACAGAUAAGAGAUAUAAUGAGUAUAAAGGAUACACGGAAGGAAAUAUCAUUAACAAUGCAUGCAAAAGCAAUGUAUCAAAUCACAUAAUCUAUUAUAGAUCGUAGCUUAUAAUUACAUACCCAUUCUGUUCACUGCCACGGGCUCUUCCUCGACGUAACUUACACAAUGUACACAUGUUGCGAUUCUAGACGACGACACAUAAUGAGAAAUAGAUCCGUAUCCAUACCUGACCUUCUGUAUCCGGCGCUCUUGAAUUUUACAUCAAUAAUUACGAACGAAAGAGAACCUUUUAUAAUAAAGCAGAGCGACGCGCAUUACGACUUUCAAGUUUAUUUUUUAUCCAGUUACAUGAUUUUUCAUAUUUUUUAAAUAAAUUUAAACGGCAAUGUCUAUUAUUUAAGCCUGCCGGAUGUUAUUAUAUCUAAGAGUAUAUUGAUAAGUACCUAACUAAUAAACUGUAGGCUGUAUUCUGAUAUGUAAUAAAGUUGUCU